CUUAAAAAUACAGAGGGGUGGGCUGUCGGGAAGUUACUCAAGCGCUGCCGCUUGCUUGGGAAGGUGUUCCCGAGCAAAGCAUCAGCGUAAUGCUGCUACAAUCUUUUGAGGGGAGCACAGAGUAGACAGGCUGAGAGGAUAAGCCUUUUUAAAAGCCAGUGCGUUACAGCUAAGCACUUCAAGAUUCUACUUUAUCCAGGUAUGACACUUGCACCUCCAACCUGUUUAACUGACUGAGGAAGAAUUUAGUCUCUAAGGCUCGUACUUAUUGUUCUUGCUUCCAGCUUCUUGUUAAAUUGUGUCUCCUGUUUUCAUGCUGCUGAUUCUUUGCUGUGUUGGCAUCACCAACCAGAUGGAUCAAGACCUCUCUGUCAUUUGUGUGAUCAUCUUAGUGUUGAUGGGAAAGCCUGUCCCCCGCGCUAAGAACUCUCCACGUGUAGUGUGGCUGCGGGGCUCAGCAGGAUGGAAAUAGAUGCCCGUUUUCGCUACUAUUUCCAGCACCCGUGGUCGCGCCUCAUCGUGGCCUAUCUGGUCACCUUUUUUAAUUUCCUCGUCUUCGCCGAAGACCCCAUCUCUCACAGCCAGACAGAGGCCCAUAUGAUCGUGGUGGGCAACUGCUUCUCCUUCCUGUUCAACAAGUACCCGGGCCUCGGAUGGAACACCCUGAAAGUAAUCUGCUGGAUACUGGCCAUUAUCACUGGCAUGUUAGCCGGGAAGUUUAUAUUCCACCGACAGCUCUUUGGUCGAUACCUGCGCCUGAAAAUGUUCCGCGAGGAUCAUGGCUCCUGGAUGACCAUGUUCUUCAGCGCCAUCCUCUUCCUCUUCAUCUUCUCACACAUCUACAACCUUUUCCUGCUGAUGGCUGGGAGCAUGGAGCCUCACAUGGUGACGGAUUACAUGGGCAUCAGGAAUGAGAGUUUUAUGAAAAUUGCUGCGGUGGGCACGUGGAUGGGAGACUUUGUCACUGCGUGGAUGGUGACAGAUAUGAUGCUCCAGGAUCAGCACUACCCAGACUGGGGCAAAGCAGCCAGAAGGUUCUGGAAACAAGGCAACAACAGGAUUGUUCUCUUCUGGUCCGUGCUGAUCACUCUGACGUCUGUAGUGGUUCUGGUCAUCAGUACCGACUGGAUCAGCUGGGACAACCUGAACCGAGGCUUCCUGCCCAGCGACGAGGUCUCCAGGGCCUUCCUGGCCUCCUUCAUCUUGGUCUUCGACCUUCUUAUUGUCAUGCAGGACUGGGAGUUCCCUCACUUCAUGGGUGACCUGGAUGUGAAUCUACCAGGAAUGUCAACAACGCAUGUGAAGGUCAAGCUUCCUGUCUGCAAGAGUAUCUUUAAAGAGGAGUACCACAUUCAUAUCACAGGUAAGUGGUUCAACUACGGUAUCAUCUUCCUCGUGCUGAUUUUGGACCUUAACAUGUGGAAGAACCAGAUCUUCUACCAGCCCUACGAGUACGGUCAGUAUGUCGGGCCCGGUGAGAAGAUCUUCACGGUGGAGGAGCCAGAAACGCUCCGCUUCUUCAACCGCAGCACUCUCACCUACGAGUGGCGCUCCACCACCAUAAAUCCCGACAGCAACCUAACCUACGUGGAGCGGGACAUGUUCCUUCACAGUCGCUACACCGGAUCCCGCUUGGACAUCAAGUGCCUGGCCUUCAUCCCGAGCCUGGCGGCGUUCCUCCUCUUCGGGUUCUUCGUUUGGUUGUUCGGGCGAUUUCAGGACAGCGAGACCUUCACGGAAAACCCAGACAAGUCGUAUGAGAGGAUAAAGAGGAAGUCGCCGUCGGAGUACAGCAAGGAGAUGGGUGUGACGCCAGAGGAGGUGCACGUGACCAUGAUUGACAGUCUGAAACGAGCGGGAACGCCAAUGCUUCUCUCAGUGGACGAGCCACACUUUGAAGCGACGCCCUCUACGAACUCAACUAUUUCCAUGGAAACCCAAGAGACACAUCCGAGCAUUGUGGUUGACAGCGCAGAGCAGGAGGAACCAGCUGUCUCUUUUGAUGUCCACAAGCUCUCUCCGUGACCUUAUGAACACCUGAAACUUCGAACUAUAUAACAGUUUAUAAAGUAAAGCUCAAGACGCACUUUGUCAAGAUCUUGAGCCGUCACUGUUCUUUCGAAUACGACCAAGCUUCCACAGAAGUUGACCACAACUGUUCAUGAGAUACAGGAGAAAGACAAAGGGAUGUUACAGGAACACCAAAGCCAGUCCUUAUGGCUGUAUUUGUUUGAAUAUAUUUUUCUAAAACAAUUUUUUUUAAAAGCCUCUAAAACAGCGCCAAUUCUGAUAACAACCGCAGAAUGCAAACUUAUAGUUGAACAUGGUGCUUGCUCGGAUUUUGCAUUUUCAUAAUUAAAUUUUCUCACAGGAAGCUAUUUUGGUGCCUAUAUCAGAGAAUGGGAGUAUUUCUACAGUCAUGACAUUGCAGCCAGGUGGAGUUUAUUGUAUCACACCAGUGUUACAGCUGCACUAGUGCCUUGAGAUCUUCAGAUACACACAGAAACCUAUUCAGUCUAUACUACUAUAGGCAGCGUAAUGGAUAAUGUCCUACUUACAGUCUGCUAUAUUAACAUCUUAUAUGUUCUUUCAUAUCAUCAUAUUUCAAGGACAAAUUUUACCUCAUUUGAUCCUAAGACUUUAUCAAUUUAAUUUAUUCUAAUGUUACGUCACUCUCUCUCUCUUCUUGUUGAAAUGACAUGAUUAUGAAAAUCAAUGAACUUUGAUGACCUAUUCAUAUCCCCCUCACUUGAUAUUAGUUGCAGAGAUAAUAAAUGCAAUCAGCGAAGAUCAAAUGGUUAACCAACAAUCCACCUUGUGAUUGCUUGUGUGGCUGCUGCACCUGGACUGAAUACCAACAGAGUCAAAAGGGUGGUUUUGCCCUUGGCAUAAACAUGCCAUUGAAGUGCAGAGGAGGCUUCUGCUCCAAAGCUCAGGGCUUCUUUAUGUCUAGAUAAACCUUAAAAGUUUUAGAAGCAGUUUUCAGACAUGCAUGAAGAUUUACAAUUGACAAUUUAUUCAGUUGAAACAUCCUUGUGUAAAAAAAGAAAUCCCUGAUGUUCAAACGCAACUGAAACCUGCCGCAUUUAUCUGGCUUUGAAAGUAUUCACUGCCUUUUCCUAUAUUUUCCUAUGCUACUUAGUCUCAUUAGAAUAUAUAUAAUUGGAGCUUUUGGUCCAAAAGAGCAUGCCCUUCAGUUUUCUUUUUUUUGUGAAAUGCAAAUAUUAACUCAAUUAUUACUACAGUACCACUAUAUUUAUAGAACAUUUCAGUAAGUAUAGAAAUUUGACCAAAGAUACAAAAUAAUUGAACAUUUUUGAACAAAUAAUGCUGCAUAAGAUGAUAUGCUAAUUUAAAGGAUAUAUAUUCAUGAUAAACAGAGUGCAAUGAUCUGUGUUCUUGUAUCACUCUGCAUUAUAAUGGACUGUAAUGUACUAUAAUGUCCUGGAAAAGUAUUUUCCUCCUUUUCUCUCUAACAACCCAAUCGUGAAAGAGCUUUGUUCAACAAUAGUAUAAGUUAUGGAGCCCGGGGUGUGCCACCAGAAUAGCUACAGACUCUUGCAGUGUUUAAUUUUAAUCAAUUAAUACAUUUGACGACGAGGCUAUUUUAAAUAAUUUAAUUUAAUUUUCUGAAAUGUAUAUAUCUAUAUACGGUAAUACAUUUAAAUAAUAAUGAUUUCAAAAAUCUUUAAAUUUGCCAAUUAAUGAUUCAUUUUCCUUAUUCUGACUUUAAAUGAUAAAUUCAAUUAAAAUAUGUAGAAUAUAAAAAGUAUUUUAAGAAAGCUUUUUGUAUUUCAUUUACUUUAAUUUGAAUCCUAAGCAGCUUCAGCCUGAGCUCUGAUUGGCCAGCUGCUGGCAGGCGUCGGGCCAAUCGGAGCUGCUGCUCUGUGGGUUGGAUUUCAUUAGAUUUUUAGGUGGCACACUUAUAGUGUCUUAUAGUUAAUUCAAACACCAAUUAAAUGUGCCUCUUAUUAAUUAUUAUUAUUAGAAAUAUAAUAAUGGAUCAAUGUAUAAUAGUUUUCUUAUGUAGUAAUGUGUUAAUUGAUUAUAGAAUAAUGCUCUAAAACUUAAUAUUUAUUACGGUUGCACACUCCAGACUCCUUACAGGAAUUCCCUGUGUGUGUGUGUGUGUGUGUGCUUGUGUAUGUGUGUGUGUGUGUGCUUGUGUGGGUACAUUGUGGUGGCAGAGGUGUCUAUUUGUGUCUGUAAAGGAUGUUUUGUACUUAAUAGUGCAUGUUGUGUGUGUGUGCGUGUGCGUGUGUGCACUGGAGGCUUGCGAAGUGUGUAGGUGUUUGGUACACUUGUUUUUGACAAAGGCCAUUCUGUGAAGAGGUCAAUUUGUUUAGCAUAAUUGGUUUGCAGCUUUUUGUUCUGUAAUUAUCCUUUUAUACAUUACAGCUCUAUGAGGACAUUAGAUAUUAGUGUCUCACCAAAGGCCAUAACCUCUCUGGACUUGAAGGGCGUCUAAUCUGUUUGUUAUGUAUUGUGUUUAGCUUAAAAGUGAGGGUUUCCUUUUUUGUUUUGUUUUCAUUGAAUUGUGUUGCAAAUCCGACACUCCCUUCAGUUCCUGUGUGUUUGUGCUUUUUUUCCUGAAGCAAUGGAAAUGUCCUUUUGCUGUUUGCUCGAUGUACUGUGUGUCUGUUGAACCUCGUGUUACCAAUAAAUGAAUACAUUUUGUUAUAUCCUCAA